AACGCGUGCAGUCCGUCGCCGCUGCCGCCUCCGCGCGCCGCGAACGCAAAUCUCGCAGCCCCCAAAACUUCAUUUUUUAAUCUCAAAAAGAAGAAAAAAACAACAAUAAAAAGGUGGUUAAUAAAUUAAGUUGUGUAUGUAAAUAAAAUAAAAAUUAUUUUCCGAUUACAAUAUAACAUGAAACUAUUACAAAAAUUUACUAUAACUUAGUGUAGUGAGUGAAUAACAAGAAAAGUUUGUAAAUUUUUGAAAAAAAAAUUAAACAAAGAAGAAAAUAAGAAGCAAAAGGAAAAAUAUAUUUUAGAGUAUAAUGUCAACUGUAACGUCCAGAAUGUUUUAAAACACGCGUAAACAAAAGAAGAUACAAUGAGCGUGCGCAGAGAUGAGUUGAAGAUCGGUUGGUUUGUAACUUUACUUUUACUCGGCCUUGACGUGCAAGCCAGGCCGCGAUGCGGCGGUACACUCACCGAUCAACGUGGUGUGAUACAGUCGCCGAACUUCCCGCACAAGUUCCCAGUGCCAAUUCAUUGCGAGUGGAUCAUAGACGUGUCACACUACUCUACCGGCGAUGGCAAUACGUCUAUUUACGUUUAUUUAACACAAUUAUACGUUUUCGAAGGACUGUCAUUCAAAGAAUAUCAAAUCUACGAUCAGUCGUACCAACUUAACGGUAGGGACGUGCAUUCUGUAACUGAAGGAAACGUCACCAGGGUGAGCUACGUGCGUUCCACCAGAGACUAUUUAGUAAUAACCUUGAAACUCGACGCGAUUGAAAGCACGCAUUUGCGAGUGUUGGAUCAUCUUCUGGACGUGUACGGAUUCAACAUCACCUACGAAGUGAGCAGAGGACCGCCACGCGAGGAUCGCUGCACGAUGAUGGAUUGUGGAUUCACGGGAAUUUGUCAAGAUCACUACACGCAUUUCAAGUGCGAGUGUUUUGCUGGCUACGAAGGGAAAACAUGCUCAGAAGGGCCUAAUUCGUUGUGUACGAAGAAUACUUGUCAAAAUGAUGGAGUGUGCAUGCACGUCGGCGACUCGUCGGUGCGUUGUGUAUGCCCGAAUGGUUAUCGCGGAGAACGCUGUGAGAAGCGAGCCGAGGAAUCGACGGACGAGCAAGGAUGUGAGCGUUGUUUUGUCACUUGUCCUUUUGAUGGUGUCAUGGCGAACGCCUGCAAGUGUCCCGAAGGAAAAAACGCAACACUUGGCGAUGGAACGAUAAUUGGCUACAGUAUGAAAUUGAAAAUGAUCCCGCCGUCGAACGUCAAAGGCAAUCAGAUGAAAACAUAUUUGGAAACACAUCUGGCGCGUGUUCUUCGCGAGGCAGCGAGUCUGGAAGAAGCGCACGUCAUUGAUUUUCAAUCGCAGACGCAUCACGUCAGAUUGACGCUGCAGGUGGCGGCCGGCAGGAAGGACGAACGCCGGCUCAGAUCCAUCACCUCCAAGUGGGUCGAGCGGGGCCAUGUUGGCAACAUCAGUUUGGUACAACCCACGCCGGCAAUCUUAUUAACGCCGCUGACUUCUUUCUCGCAUCAGGGCAUAACGGUGCAUCCGACGAGUCAGAUCCACGCCAGCGAGGAUUUCGCAUUGUCCUGCACGACAAGCUUUGCGAACAGCGACGCUGUUUCGGCGGCGUCCUUCCGGUGGUUCAAGGACGACCUCUUUAUCAAUGUCACAGCGCCAACCAGCGGAAAGUCGGCGCACGUGAUUGAGGACGACGCGGCGCGGGAUCAAUACGUUUCGCAGCUCAACAUUAAAAAUGCAUCGCCGUUGGACCAGGGCACCUUUACCUGCCAGGCGAUCGAAUCCGGCCAUCAGCGUUGCUAUACGCGACGCGUUGAAGUCCGAGCUCCACCACGGGUGUGGAUUGAACCCAUGAGCUUGACUGUUAGGAAGGGCGAAAAUUUUACAAUAAAAUGCUUCAGUGCAUCUACCAACCCAAACGAUGCCAAGUACACGUACAGCUGGACCAAGAACAAGGAACUUCUCCCAAUCAAAACAGACACCGAGCACUACGAGGUUCUGUUUCCCAUGGGCAGCAUUCUUCAAGUCUCUACAAUCAGUAAAUCGACCAUGUUCUCCUGCCUGGUGCAAGACUCGGCCGUGUGGGCCGAACAGAGCAUCCUCGUGAACGUGAUCGAUUCCGAGCUGAUCAAGACUUGCGCCGGCGAACGCCACCUCAAGCUUCUCUGGCCGGAAACAGCACCGGGCACCGAAAGCCUACAAGAAUGCCCCGUCGGCUAUGCGGGUGUGGCGCGGCGUGCAUGCAACCUGCGCGAGACCGGCCAUCCGGUCUGGUAUCUCCCGGACUUUGCCGGCUGUCACUCCGACCGCAUGGAGGCGCUCAACUUACAAUUUCAGAAAGUUCGUCUCGGAUACGCGGCGACGCGGCCACUCGACGUCCUGCGCGGCUAUCGGCGCUAUCUGAACGGCAACCGGACGCUGCUUCCGGGCGAAGGGUACACCGUCCUCCAGCUGGUCAACGACGUCGUGCACUACAUCAAUAACUCCAUCAGCGGGGACGUCUACGACACGGUGUUCGAUAUUGUCGAGGGGAUUCUCCAGCGCAAACUUUCGCUCAUCAACGAGACGCAAGUGAUGCUGCUGCAGGAGGUUGUUAAGCGACAAAGCCUGGCGUUCCAAUCAACCUUUCACCGUACGCUCAACACGAUCGACGUGACCCUGACGCGACCGGAUAAGACCGGAUUCCAUGUGCCGCAAUCUGGUCUCAGAUACCCCGGCUGGUUCUCUUAUAAAUUACAUCUGGCACUCCCUCGGCAUUACUUCGCCGCGGCGGCUGGCGUUGGCGCGGCGUCGCCGAAUAAAUCUGCAACAUUAGCGGCGGUGGUUUACAGAAAUUUAUCCGCCUUCCUCCCGCUGAGAUCCGCCAUCCGGCUCAAGGACGGCAUUGAGAUGGACUACGAGGUUAUAUCGAACAUUGUCGGCUGCUGGUUGACCUUCAACGGCAGUGAGCUGCGCGAGAACCUCACGGAUAUUCUAUACACAAUGGAGUUCCAGCAUCCGGGAAAGAACGCCUCGCAGGACGCAUGGAACGUACAGUGCGCUGUCGCCGACUAUGCCAGUUAUGGUUAUGCCUGGAAUACGCAGACCUGCAUCACAAGGCUCCUGGAAGCAACGCGCACACGAUGCAUCUGUCCUCGCUCCGGCACGUACGCCGUCCUCUUGACGAUGAAACCGUCCUUCAUUGACUCCGAAGAGGCGCCCAGUCGCCAGCUGGUGAUCCUCGUCGGCUGCGCCAGCUGCAGCCUGCUGAACGCCAUCGCGGUGGUGAUCCUUGUCUGCUAUUGGUUGCGGCGGAGAUCGUGUCUCGUCUUCCUCAAACUACAGUGCUGUCUGUCGCUGCUCGCCUCCAUGUUGGUGUUCAUCUAUGCGCUCUGGGACGACCUGCCGCCGGCGCUCUUCCUGACGGUCAUGAGCAUCCUGGAGAGUUUCCUGCUCACAGGACUAUCGUCCCAGCUGAGCAAUUUGCUUAUUAUUUACUCCGAGCUCGUGCAACUGCCGCGGAUGCGCAGCGUCAAGCAAACCGUUGUUCUUAUCAUAACAGGAGCUCCGAUGAUAGCCGUUUUUGGUAAUCACAUGGCCCAUCUGACGAUGAACACCCGCAUUGACUCCUGGUGGCUCCUGCGAGGGUCAUUAUCCUUCAACAUCUUCGUGACUUGUUGCUCGAUCAUCGUCCUGCUCUACUUUGUUCUGUUUUACAUCGUGGCGAGAAAAGUCGCGCGUGCAAACAUCAAAUGUGAAAAGCGAUCCGAAGCGUUGCAGUACAGGUUGCGACUAUUGAAGCGAUCCGUUUUCGUAUUCUGCUCGAUAACGGCGACCGUAUCGAGCAGCAUUCUCUACAUCAACGCGCCGGAGAACGAGCUCUGCCAUUACGUUUUCAGCGGCCUGUCUGUCUCGAUGGGCGCGGUGAUAUUUUUCUGCUACAUCCUCUGCUCGGAGACGCCGGUCAAGCAACUUUUAAUUACAAGAUUAAAGGACGAGAACGCCGAGAAGCAGAGUCCAGAUGCCGGCAAGCAUCUCAAAUUUUUCACCAAAGAAAAACCGGAAGUCGAGAACGACGCCAUGCCCUACUUUUGUACCACGGUGGAGACCCGCAAGUACGCAGAGAUGACCGCUACCAGCUUCAAGACGGCUGCCAGUGCGAAUUUUGCUCCAGAUGAUGCGCAUCCCAGCGCUGUAUAUCAUCAACACACCCAGCUCGAAUGUCUGAAUUCGCCUGAUCUGCUCGGUACGAAAAAGUUUGUUGAGCUCGACCUGGUCGCCUCAUCAAUCUCCACUUCCUCCGAGGCGGAGACCUGUUUCUAUACGUCGAAGACGAUGCCGUGCAUCACCAUCACUCAACCGCCCGAUGAGCAACGCCUGCGACCCGAAGGCGAGGAGAAAAUCCUCGCGUCAUCUGAACUGUCGACACAGAAACAACCUCUGGCGGACAAUCUCGACGCCGUGAUGGACAGCAUCACGCACGAUCUCGACUAUCUGCUCAAUGGCAACGAAUACGAAGCCGAGAAUGCGAGCGCAGCACCACCGCCAGUCGUGACGACCGGCAGUCUGCGCCGCAUCUCGAAGCCUCCCUCGCUCGCCGUCUUCGAACAGAUCGACGAGGAGCCCGAGGAGGAAAUUAAAGUGCCCGAGGCGAUUACGAACGUGUCGCGCACGAGCUGCUAACGAAGUGAAACGUUGCCCAGUGCCAUUUAGCGCUCGCGCGCGCGGCAAUUUCCAAGCGGCGUUUGUUUUUAUUUUCAAUCGUGGAUUACACCCGAUCAUCGCCGCCGGCGCGAUAACGGGCGCGUUCAUGUGUGGCGCCAUCAUUUCGCGUUGGACUUUUAUUGUUGGAGGCACAAUAAACAUCAUCGGAAAAACGUGGAACGAAACGAAACAAAAAAACGAGAAUCGAAACAACCAAAUAGGUACAAAUUCUGUGAUAAUUUUUGAUUUUAACGAAUAACAACACUGUAAAAAUCAUCCAUUUUAAUGCUAACUAAUAAUUAAUGUUGUGAUCUAUUUAUCAAAAUUUCAAAACUUUUAUCUACUAACAUUUAACGAAUAUACUGUAGCAUUAAUUGGGGUGGGUGAACGUGACUGAAUUGUGACACGUGGAAAUACAUACAGGUGCAUGUCAUUUAACAAUAAAUCAUCAUGUUUUAAUUAAAUCACAAUAAUUUUACUAAUUACCCUGUAUCAUUAUCGUGUGUUUCUAAUUAUUCUAUAACCAACACAACACAAACUUCAAUUUUAAUUUCCUCCCUAGUAAUCUCUUCUGUUGGUACCCAAUAUACUAAUUGUAGUAGUGUAUAAGUACUUGUUUUCUUUAUAAGUGUAAAUACUGUUGACAUCUGCUAAAACAAUAACUCUGCCGCUGGCUUUCAUCGCAUUUCCGACACAGACUUCAAAGAUAAAUUCCUGUCGCUACAUUAUGAGGUUUAUUUAAAGCGGGACGGUGAGUGAAUUACC